AUGUCUCGUUUCCUCAAGUCAACUCUUUUCAAGUCACUUGCCGCCACAGGUGGAGCUGUUGGUGCUACAGUUAUCUAUCUCGACUUCAUCAAACAACCAACUGAGCACCAAUAUGCUAAAUCGUACAAACCGCUCAUGACCUCUCUCGAUGCCCCACCUUCAAGAAGUGAGCUUUUGAAAAAGGUGCAAAACACAGCCAACUUUGACGUUUUGGUUGUGGGUGGUGGUGCUACCGGUACAGGCACUGCUCUAGAUGCCGCUAGCCGUGGCCUUAAUGUCUGCUUGUUGGAGAAGAAAGAUUUCGCUUCGGGUACCUCCUCCAAGUCUACCAAAAUGGCACAUGGUGGAGUCAGAUACUUGGAGAAAGCCAUUUUUCAGUUGUCCAAAGACCAGUUGGAUUUGGUUAUCGAGGCUUUGAAUGAAAGAGGCAACAUGCUUCGUACUGCUCCUCACUUGUGUUCUGUUCUACCAAUCAUGAUUCCUGUUUACAAAUGGUGGCAGGUGCCCUACUUUUUCAUUGGGUGCAAGAUGUAUGAUUGGUUUGCGGGUUACCAGAACUUGAGAAGCUCGACUAUCUUCUCCAAAGAAACUACAAGUGCUUUGGCUCCUAUGCUUGAUAGCUCCAACUUGAAAGCUGCUUGUGUUUAUCACGAUGGUAGUUUCAACGAUGCUAGAAUGAACUCAUCCCUUGCCAUCACUGCGAUUAACCAUGGUGCUACUGUGUUGAAUUAUGUUGAAGUAAAGCAAUUGAUCAAGGAAAAUGGAAAAUUGGUUGGUGUUUUGGCGAAGGACCGUGAGACGGGAGACGAAUUUGUUGUUAAAGCCACUGCUACCGUUAAUGCAACUGGUCCUUGGGCCGACAAGCUUUUGGAAAUGGACCAGGACCCACAAGGGUUGCCUCCAAAGACAGAGCAGUCCCCUAAGAUGAUUGUUCCUUCGUCUGGUGUCCACGUUGUUUUGCCUGAAUACUAUGGUCCUUCUACAUUGGGUUUGUUAGACCCAUCCACGUCCGACGGUAGAGUUAUGUUCUUUUUGCCAUGGCAAGGAAAGGUCUUGGCUGGUACAACUGAUAACGCUUUGAAAAAAGUUCCAGAAAAUCCAGUUCCAACCGAAGAAGAAAUCAAAGACAUCUUGAACGAAUUGCAAAAAUAUCUUGUGUUCCCAGUUCAUAGAGAAGAUGUCUUAUCUGCUUGGUCUGGUAUCAGACCAUUGGCUCGUGACCCCUCCAAAUUGCCUAAGGGAAAAGAUGCUGGUUCGACACAAGGAUUGGUUCGUUCGCAUUUGAUUACCAAGUCUGACAGCGGUUUGGUAACUAUUUCCGGUGGUAAAUGGACAACAUACAGAGAAAUGGCACAGGAAACAGUAGAUACGUUGGUGAAGAAUUUUGAUUUUGGUAAAAAGGUUGGUCCAUGCAAAACCAACGAGAUCGUGCUCAUUGGUGGAGAAGAUUUUUCCAAGAACUUUUCCGCAAGAUUGAUCCACGAGUACAAAAUUCCUCUCAAGUUGGCCGAGCACUUGAGUCAUAACUAUGGCUCGAGAGCAUCCCUCAUUUUGGAACUUUAUGCCGAAUCAGAUUACAACAAGCUUCCAGUGACCUUGGCUGCCAGUGGAACUUUCACGCCUUCGGAAGAAUCCGCUAGCGCUGGUAACAACUUGUCGUACCAGUCUUUCGAUGAGCCUUUCACAAUUGCGGAGUUGAAGUACUCCAUUAAGUACGAAUACGCCAGAACUCCUCUUGAUUUCUUGGCCAGAAGAACUAGAUUAGCGUUCUUGAAUGCUAGAGAAGCUUUGGGUGCUGUUGACGGUGUUGUUGAAAUUAUGAAGAGGGAGCUUGGGUGGGACGAUGAGACUACCAAGAAAUUGACUGCCGAAGCGGUGGAUUACAUUAGUCACAUGGGCAUUUCAUCCGAAAAGUUUGAUGUGAGCGACUUUGUUAUCCAGUAG